AUGCAUGCACCUUCAUCUUCUUUGCCCACUGCCAGCACUUCAACAGCACAAACAUCAUUAGCACGAUCAUCUACGCCUGAUCGUGUUUCAUCCUCAGCACUUCCACGUACAGAAAGCUCCAAUUCCAGCAGAUCUUCUUCACCUCUUCAGCAUUGUUCAUUCUGUCUUUCCGCCGAAUUCGAUAUCGAUAAAGGAAGCACACUAUCACAUCAAUAUCCAGCACCUAGUGGUCAUGAUGAGCACAUGUUGGCUGAACUCAUGUUGCCAGAUGGUGUUCAUGCUCGCUCUGAAGAUUGGACUGUGUUCUUCCUACCCGAUCACGAUAUCACUGGAACAAGUGUUGGGAAAAGUCAUGCAGCUAAAGGCAGUAUAUCCAGCAAUGGCGGACAAAGUACGAAAUCCAAUAAAGGUAAAGACAGAGAGAAUCUCUACUAUGUCUUAAAUCUUGUUCGAACGAAACAUGACAACACAGUCAGACGUGGUGCUUUGGUCAAAGCCAUUGCAAUUGUCACUCGCCAUCCUUUCAUUCAAAUCUUCAAGCCUGCUCUCCUAUUGGCUCUCGAUGAGUAUUUCCGGCAACCAGGCGUGGAGGUGCUGGCGAAGCUUUUUGAUGCAUUGAACUCACUCAAUUUGAGCAAGAUGCCUUCUCUAUCGUACAAUGAGAAGAGGAUAUUACGAGCCUCCGAUCGGCGUGACUUGUUUGAGGAUCGAUUUGCGUCUUCUUCCCGCUCCGUUGCCAGUUUGAGGCCACUCAAUUCUACGCCAGGAAGGUCAGCAACACCGCUGAAUGCGAUGCACGGUAGUGCUUACGCAGACGAGAAUGAGAGAGGAAGAGCUGAAUCAUACGACACUGCUCCAGUAGCCCGUUUACGAUCCAGAAGCGGUAGUGGUAGUUCAACGCAUUCGAAUGAAGAUACCCUCAUGAAGAAACAUCAAUCACAAUCCGCUUUGCAGCAGGUUUUAAGCACGUCACGCUCUCCUAGUGCUUCAAUGGGUCAAGAGGGACAUGGUGGUCUAGGCGUGAAUACGAUCAGUAAAGCACACAUGCUAAGCAAGGUAAAAGACACGCAUGUUUGGGAGACCAGUGUUGCAUACGGGAAGAUUCAAGAGUUGCCCAUUCGUGUUCCAACUGAUGUAUUUGAUGAGGAAGUCGGGGAGUAUUCUUUGAUUCAUCUGAUCAACACAUUUGGCUCCAGUCAUCCUUCAGGACCCUUGCAUGGACAUCUGCAUUCCAAUGGACAUUCAACGCAUCCGAUCAUCUUGCUGUUUAAUGCGGUUGUGACAGGUAAGCGAGUCAUUUUCCUGGGGCACAAUUUACCUGCGAACCAAGUCGCCGGUCACGUUUUGUCAUUAUGUGCUUUAGCAAGUGGUUGUGGAGCAGGUUGGCGAGGUAUUGUGUCAAGGUGUUUCCCUUAUGCAAAUUUGGGAAUGAUUGAUGAAUUGGAACAGGUGCCGGGUUACAUUGCGGGAGUGACUAAUCCAAGAUUCGAAGACCUUCGUGCUUGGGAUGUUUUGUGUAAUGUAGAGAAUGGCAAGAUUACCAUACACAAGAGCAUCGAGCCUGCACCUCCAAUUCGACCUACCGCUCAGCCUUCUGAAACUUUCACAUCUGCCAGCUUUAGCUCAGGUAUCGGACCCGAUGGCGAAAUAAGGCUUACAAUGGCGCCUAGCGAGCCCGACGUUCCCCCUGGCAGUGGAAGUGGACAACAUCAUGAAAAGACAAAAGGUGGUGGACGGGAAAGAUCGGGAACUUCAGCAGCUUUCGAAUCACGACAAGAUGCGCCAGAUAAUAUCUUUAUGGAUGAAGUUGUACUUGCAAUCUCUGCGCGUUAUGGAGAAAGAUAUGUGCGCUCUCGUUUCAUCGAAUAUGCAGCCAACUUUGUACGCUCUACAGCUCGGCAUGAGGAGUAUUACUAUGGAUCGACAACCUUGGCACCACCUUGUCAACCGUUCUUGAAUGGUCAGCUGGGAAGUGGUGCCCUAUAUGCCGAUCGAGAGACAGAAUUGAAAGAUAUUCAGGUUAAUGCAAGCCGAAUAGAAGGAUGGAGAAAUACCAAUGCCUACUCUCAAUUGUUGGCAGAUGUAAUAGCGCAAAGUCAUUUUGGCAGUUUGGUCACAUUCGAUCUUGGUCAUCAAAUUGCGAGAUUGAGAAGGGCAAAAAAGAUGAACACAAGCGAGUACGAGCUUGUAUUCACUUCUCUUGCAAGAAAUAUUCGAACGCAAGAUCAAAUCAUUGAGCUUCUUGCCGCUUUGCCCAUUCAUCACGGUGGUCUUUUACCUAUCAGUAAUGGUCUAUUUCAUCCCUCUAGGCUCGUUCAAGCGUCAGCGCAUGAGCUUUUAAUCAGGAUUGCUACCAAUUCUGUUGGACGAAAGAUGAUGCAAAGUCUUAAUUUGUUCCAUCGAUUGGCGUUCGCACGUUAUUUGAGUGACAAUCACGAUGCAAGCGCUAAUGGGGCGACAUCUUAUUUCAAGCCGGCCAAUUCAGCAGUAGAGAAAGGUCCAUUCUUUGCAGGAGCAAGAGCUGGAACGCCAAGUUCUCUCACAUUUGAGGGACAAUCACCAACUUCUCAAAAGAUACCCACUCCGAAUAGUACGUUGCGAUUCAAUGGGAAUUCGGUACUCAAUUCAACACACGGUAAUGAUGGCUAUGGAGACACUCAGCAUUCGACAGACGUUCGAAGUAGACAUGCACCUUCUUCUUCCAUUGGCAUGCACAACGUGUCACAAAUCGAUACAAACAGUAGCGAUUGAAAUCAAUUAUUAUAAGAAAUGCUCAAUUUUACGUAGCUCACCCUUUUCGGUCAGGUAAAGAUCCUGUCAUGCACAUUCAUUGCCUGUAUAUUAGCAAGAAGAAAGAGAGAGAUUGUAGUCUAUGC